AUGGUCGCAGCUGAGCGGACGCUGCUUGGACCCGGCAGGUACACUCUACUUGACCGUAGUUUGACGAUACUGGUUGUAGACGGUGCUGCGCCGUCCAAUGUGGAGAGCCUAGCUGUUGGCAUGCAGGGGACGGCGAGUGAUGCCUUGGACAUGGACCAGCAGAAUGUUGGUCUCACUAUGGCCAAGUAG